CUCGCGUCGCGCAUUGCUCUUCGUCGCUCUUUUCCAAUCUCGCUCGUGUGGCAUUCCUCCUUUCAACAUAAAUAAUGAAACCACGGCCAAUGCUUUCCUCCUUGGUUGUUUCAAAGGCAAUCAGCAGUUCGCUCGCGCCGAGCUACGUGUUCGCGCGGGCGAGCACACAUUGUCGCAGGAGCAUGUAUGCGCAGAGCACUGCAUUGGGUUUACGCACACAAUGGCGGGGGGAGAGAUGGAAUGCAGGAACACAAGGAACACGCGCUGCAUCCACGACCACCGCAUCGAAACCUCGCCAUGGCACACCGCGACCGCCUACCAAACCCCAAUCCACAAAACCCGUCGCGGCGAAGACAUCGAAGCCCACCGCCCCCGCAAGCCUCCACACAGCGUCGGCAGCGAAAAAACGCACCGCGCCCGUGCCCGCCUCGACAGCGAACGCCCUCACGGGUCAAGCCGACAAACUCAACCCCCCGCCCUUCACAUACGCGCCUGCGCUCUCGGUCCCCCCGCGCAAGGACGGCCAGAACUACGCCUCCUACCUCUUCGGCUGCGGAAAAGCAUACCUCGCCUUCUACAAGACAGGCAUAGGCCACACGCGGCAGACGCUCAAGCUCGCGAAGGCGAUCCGCGCCCGCCUCGCCGAGCAGGGCAAAGGCGUCUCUGCCGACGUCGCAGGCGCGGGCGUCCUGAGCCGAGCCGAGUGGCAGGUCCUGCGGCGCAGCAGGCGCGACAUGCUCCGCCUACCCGUCAUGGGCUUCCUGAUCCUGGCCCUCGGCGAGUGGCUGCCACUCGUCGUCGUAUACCUGACCCCCGUGAUACCGGAGCAGUGCCGCAUCCCCGCGCAAGUCGCGCGCGCGCUGAAGAACAGAGAAACCGCGCGCCUCAACAGACUCGACAGACUCGCCACCCACGCCCGCCGCCUGCAGGCCCUGGACCGCACGCCGCGCACCGACCGCGACGGGCUGCGUCUCGCCGCCGCCGCAGAGGGCGUGUUGAGCCCCGCGACCAAGGUCGGGAAAGAGGGCGGCUUGGCUAUGGCGCGCGCCAUCAUCCCGCCCGAGGCCAGCUCCGACCUGAGUCUGUUCCACCUGCUGCUGCUCUCGGCGCGGCUGCACUGCCACCCUAGAAUCUUGGAUCGCCUGUGGAUCCAGCCCCCGAAGUGGCUGCUGCAGCGCAACGUUGGCAACGCGCUGGCGUAUCUGACCAAGGACGAUGAGUUGAUUAGACGAGAUGGCGGGAGUCAGAAACUCGACAAGGCGGAGUUGGAGAGGGCGUGUGUGGAGAGGGGGAUCGAUGUCAGGGGGAAGAGCGAGGCGGAGCAGAGGAGGAGUUUGGGGCUGUGGUAUGAUAUGUAAGAGUCUGUCACAUCUUGGGUUUGUUUGACUGCGGACUUGGUCAUGUGGGUGGGUGUCUUGUGCACGUCGACGUAUGCCCUUGAAGAGCUUCAGAGAUGGGUUUGCAUAUAUGGCGUUGUGGAGAUACGAUUUGAUAGAUGGCGCUGCGGGUGCGCUUACCUGGCGCCUGUACAACAUGUAUAGAAGAGACACUUGAUCCAUAGCCCGGGGUUCACUUCUU